CUAUUUUCUGUGUGCCAUUGAAUUCUAGUGGAAAUGGCGGAGGUAGCUGUGAACUUGGUGCUUGAGUGGUUGAUUGAAUUUCUCAAAGAGGAGGCUCAGCUGCUGAGAGAAUUUCAUACGGAAGUUGCAGACAUAAAGCUUGAGUUCAUCUCCUCUUUCCUAAGAGAUGCAGAUGCUAGGGCUGCCACAGAAGAAAGCAAUGAAGGUGUAAAAAUAUGGGUGAAAUAUGUGAGGGAAGCAGCUUAUGGCAUAGAGGAUCUCAUCGAUGAGACGAUGAAUACAUGCUCUGUGCCGCAAAACACAACGAUCAACAUGGUUUCAAGGAUUUCACUUGUGGGUAUGGGAGGUCUCGGAAAGACUACUCUUGCUAAGAAGAUUUAUGAUGACGUUAAAGAACGUUUUGAUUGUCAUGCUUGGAUCAGUGUACAAUCAAACAUCAUGGUGGAGCUGCUUCGGACCAUGAUCAGACGAUUCCAUGAAGCAAAGAACGAUCUCCCUCCUAUUGGAAUUAACUAUGUAAUAGACGUCAAGGAACUGAUCAGCAAAUCCAGAGAAUAUUUGCAAUACAAGGGGUAUGUUAUAGUAUUUGAUGACGCCUGGGAUGAUGACUUUUGGCAUGUUAUUCAAUCUGCUUUGCCAGAAAAUAACAAUGGCAAGCUUCUAUGCAGAAAAGCCUUCAGGUUCGAUCAACAGAAGGAAUGUCCCAAUAAUUUAAAGGUAUCUUUCGACAUUUCCAGAAAGUGUGAUGGAUUGCCACUCGUAAUCGACGCCAUUGGAGGGCUUCUUUUAACCAAGGGCAAGGAUGUCUUCGAGUGGACAAGGUUGUGCAAUGAGCUCAGUAGACAACUAAAGAGCAAUCCACAUCUUGCACAUGUCAAAACAAUACUAUCCAUCAGCUAUCACGAUUUGCCUCCUUACCUGAAAUCUUGUUUCUUAUAUGUGGGCGUGUUCCCGCAUAGUCAUCACAUUCGAGUCAAUAAACUGAUUCGAUUAUGGAUUGCAGAGGGUCUUUUAAAAGAGAAUCAAGAAAUGACAUUGGAAGAAACUGCAAAAGCAUACUUAACUAGGCAAAUAAACAGAAGCUUAGUUCAAGUUGAAUGUAGCGACUCCACAGGAGGAGCUAGAUCAUGUCGAGCCCAUGAUUUGAUCCACGAAGUUAUUCUUUCCAAAUUAUAAGAACUAAACUUGAUUCAUUCCUCACAGCCAAGUUUCAACACUUCUGGUCGAUAUCUCUUGAUCGACAAUAACAGAGCAUGUGAUCUGUCAAGGAGAAAUGGUGACUUUCAAAUUCAUUCUAUUAUCUUUUUCAAUUUACAAGAGUUUCAUGAUCCUGUGUUUGAGAGACUGUCCUUAAACUUCAAACUUUUGAGAGAAAUAGAUUUUGAAAAUGCCCCAUUUGACUACCUCAACGAGGAGAUAGGGAAUUUGUGGCAUUUGAGAUAUCUAAGCUUAAGGUAUUCAAAAAUAAAGAUGCUUCCCAAGUCCAUAGGAAAAUUGCUUAACCUGCUGACUUUGGACUAGAAAGUUUCUUUAGUGGUUGAGAUCCCAAAUGAGAUAAGAUAUCUGUGUAAGUUACAGUAUUAUGGAGCGAGCUUGAUUGAUCAGUAUAGAACUUACAGUAUCAACACCGACCAAGGCAUAAGGAUCAAUGGCAGUGUUAUCGGGAGCUUAGAGUCAUUAGAAAAGCUUUUUUAUGUGGACUUCCCAUCGCAAUAUGGUGAGCAUUUCGGUAGAGAAUUGAGAAGGUUAAAGAGGCUGAGGAAACCGGGAAUAACUAUACUAAAAUCAGAUUGCGGGGAAGCUUUGUGUAGUGCUAUAAAGCAGAUGCACCACCUGUAUGCAUUGCGUAUUUCGGCAGAGAAAGAAAACGAAGUUCUUGAACUGGAAUCAAUGUCUCCUCCUCCAUCCCUUCAACGUCUUUGCCUGCACGGACGACUAAUGACGCUGCCUGGUUGGAUUUCUGAACUGGAGAACCUUUCAAAUUAGUUUACACUGGUCUAGAAUAUCAGAUGAUUCGCUUAAAAUCCUUGGAGAUUUGCCAAAGCUAUUAGAGUUCUGGCUUUUUGAAGGUUAUAAUGGAGCUGAAUUGCACUUCGAACAAGGAAAGUUCCAAAAACUGAAACGCCUUGGACUUUAUUGUUUGUACAAAUUGGAGACAGUGGUAAUGGAUGGAGGAUCUUUACCUUGCUUGGAGACGCUUGGAAUAGGGCCAGUCCACUGAUGCAGGAGGUUCCCACAAACAUUGGCAACUUGGAAUGCCUUAGAAAUUAUGGAGUUUGACAAUGUGCCAAAGGAAUUUGCCAAAACGGUUCUGCCAAGUGGAGGGCCAGAAUACUGGAAAGUUAAUAGAGUUAGAAAUGUAUGUUUUAAUUAUACAA